AAUGUCCAAUAGGUAGCAAGGCCCAUGAACAGAUCUACUGGUGCAAUAUUCCUCUUCUCAUUUUACAAUUAUUUCGUACUUGGCGUCAAACAACAGCACCGGACCUUCUUCUUCCCGUCGCCAGUUCACUCAUCUGAACCACCAAAUCAAACAACAAUUAAUUCUUCUAAUAAAUGGCAGAUUCCGGAACUGAAAAGCCACUGAGAAAAAUCUCAGAGGCAUUUAAAGAACUUGCAGUAACUCUAAAUUCUUCUUCUGCUGAAACGACGUCGUCUUCUUCUGUUGAUUUAGCAGUGGCUCCAUUCUCACACGCUUGCUCACUCGUCUCUCCUCUUUUCGGCUGCUUAGGCAUUGCUUUCAAGUUCGCCGAAUUGGAUUACGUCGCCAAGGUGCGUGAUCUUGGAGAAGCGUCGAAAUCGAUCGGGACGUUAAAGGAAAUAUUGGACAGAGAUAUUGAAGAGAAUUGUGUUAAAAAGGCUGGAAGUCAUUCUAGGAAUUUAUUGAGGGUUAAACGUGGUCUUGAUAUGGUCAAGGUUUUAUUUGAGCAAAUUCUAAUUACAGAGGGGAAUUCGUUGAAGGACCCGGCUUCCAAGGCUUAUGCACAAGUAUUUGCUCCGCACCAUGGCUGGGUUAUCCGAAAAGCUGUGGCUGCAGGAAUGUAUGCUCUCCCAACAAAAGCACAACUUUUAAGCAAGUUAAACGAAGAUGAGAACUCGGCGAAGAUUCAAAUGGAAUAUUAUACUGCGGCUUCUGCACCAGUCAUUCUGUUCAUUGAUAAACUAUUCCUAUCGAAAGAAUUGGGUAUAGACUGGUGAACAAUACGUAUGCCCACUACAAAUAGAAUAGUCCAAUUGUGGCGGAUAUUUAUGACGGACAAAAUCCGUCAUAAUUUUGUGGCAGAAUUGGGACUGAUUUAUAACGACUAAUGCUACUGUUACAGAAUUUAUGAUGGACAAAAUGUCUCAUAAUUUUGUGGCAGAAUUGGGACAGAUUUAUAACGACUAAUGCUAUUGUUACAGAAUUUAUGAUGGACAAAAUGGUUCGUCACAUCAAUUGUUGGUUCAAAUUUUUAUGACAGAAUCGAGCGGUGAAGAUUCCGUCACAAAUUUUAGAAAAUGUGACAAAAUUGUGAUGGGAAUCGCCAUCACAAAAGAGCUGUAAAUUUGUUGUUAUGGUACUCUGUUCUAGUUUUGCAAUUUAGGUUGCUUUUUAUAUUAAGAAGGUUGAUGUGCGAAAUCAAACCAAAACUGAUUAACAUAACUAAAUUGAUUU